UAGACCCAGCCAAGAGAAUUGGAUGAGAAAGUGCCAAUUGCAUCAGAAACCAAACACAGAACUGGCUCCUCGAAAGAAAGGAGACAAGAGAACAACGCCGACUAUUUGCUUGGGCAAUGACCUCCAGUGGAGGAGAAGGGCAAACUCCCUUGCUAGAACAUAAUGAGCUAGAAGAAUUGAGAAAGGAUUGCACAGUGCCUUCCCCAGGAGCCUGACAAGACAUGGACAUGUGCUCUCCAACUCAGAUUAACAAAGGAUUAUGCCCAAAAGUUGCAUAAAGACUCCUCUGCUUUCCAUCAUGAAUCAGGACACUCUAAGAUUCAGGAUGUCAGUGGCAUUACAGGAGAGAAACCAGCUAUAGUUGGACAGCAUGGUAGGACCUCUUGCCAACAAGCAGAGCUUUUUGGGGACCAGGCCAUGCACCCUGGUGAGAAACCAUGGCAGUGUCCCAAAUGCAGCUGAGGAACUUUCAGGGACCUCUUGACCCUUCGCCACCAUCUCAGGAGCCACUAUGCCAAAACACGGUACCAAUGCACCGAAUGCAGAUCGCACUUCCGGCAGAGCGUGGACCUCAUCAAAUAUCAGCAGAUUCACACCAAGGAGAGGCCCUACCGGUGUCGGGAAUGCGGGAAAACUUUCCGUUUGUGCUCAGCUCUCUAUAGGUGCCACCAGGGACACAGUGGGGAGCAAUCCUUCCAACGCAACAUUGGUGAGAAAGGAUUCACCCAGAACUCAAGUCUGGCACAGCACCAUUGGUUCGUGAUAAAAGUCUGCGGUAUGUCCAGAAGUUGAAAGCACGAGCAACACUUUUUGAAAAGCUAGGGAUCCUGCAACACUUCUGCUUUUUUAAGGGUUGCCUUCGGUGAAGCAGAAAGUGCUGUAAACAUGGAAUCGGAGACCUUGAGAUAUUCCUGAGAUUGUUUCACAGUCAAAAGAAUGCAGAGUUAUAAUCCCACCCCUGUUGCACGAUGAGAGGCUGGGAAUAGCUGUUUGCAAGGGAGAACCAUCAUGCGCCCUAUGUCUUCUACACAUUAGAUGGCCCUGAGUUCAAAUUUUGAAAUCUCCAGGUUCAAAGGUUAGGUUAGGGUUAGGGUUGACAUGCAAACCUCAGGAAAUCAUUACUUGGCGACUGAUCGGGGAGAGGAAUAAUCUAACCCUUGUGUAAGAUAACCUCUGAUGCUCCUAGGAUAGUGGGAAUCACGCCAAAGAACUUUUUUAUGGCGCAAAAGAGCCAUUGUCAUGCAUUUAUCCUUUUGAAAGGCUUUUCGAUUUCUCUCUUCUCUGCAGUUGCUUCCUCAACCGUUCAAAAGAUACGGGUUUAAGGGAAAAGUACUAUGGAUGAUAAAAUGAUGAAAAGCAUACUUGGCUGCAAAAGGUGUUGGAGAUGAAUGUCAGCCUUUGGACCCGUUUACGGAAUGCAGCUGGACAGGCCGCACCAAGUUAAGAUACUGAGGGGCAUCGUUCAUUUGACCCUGAUGUGGACGGCCCUGUCCGGCAGGUUGUAGAUAAUGCACGCAAAGCAGUUUCCGGCAGUGAGCUUAGGGAAAGCCCCUCCUGCUGGUUGGUGGUUGCCAGAUAUUUUUCCAGUAAUAGGCAUAACAAGCACGACUUACAGCAAAAGACGGGAUGCAAAGGAUUGUGACAAGAGAGCACUGCAAAAAGGGAACAUAUCUGUCCAUUGUUGAAGCUCCCUUAGCAAAUUUGCAUGCUGCUAACUCCAAGGCUGACAGGGUUAGAAGCACAGUCUGGAAAAAGACAAGCAUUUGUCCCACAAGGCAAGCUGAGGACCGUCAUCGAUGGAGCUGCACCCCCUGGAUAGAGGAGACCCUUCCACUGAAGAGGCUGAUCAGCAGGAAGAAGUCACGAUGGAAGGCCGAAAGUCUCCUUUGAAAAGCCCCCAGAAGCUUUCUCUGUUGUCCUCCCCAGUGCGGGCCGUGAUUCGUCUUCGGAGGACGGCCCACAUGCUUAAAAAAGGCUUCUUGCCUGGGGACACUCAGGUCAAACUUCUCCAGCGGCAGCUUUCCUUGGGCAAACCCAAGUUAGGCAGUGCCUCCAACCAAGCUACUUUGAACAAUUCCCAGUACUUUACUUUUGACCCCUCAGCCCCGCUCCCUGUGACUAAACCCAGCCGGCGAAAAAAGAAGGCGAGGAAUCCCCGAGUGCUGUAUCCAGAAAGCUCCAGAAAAUAUCUCCCAACUGAGCACAAGAGCAAAGCGAAGAGGUUUCUCCUCUUGCUCAUGGCCAUCAUUUGCUUCCAGAUCCUCAACGCCAUUGAGAACUUGGACGAUAACCUCAUGAAAUACGACCUGGAUGGGUUAGAGAAGACCAUGGCCCGGGAGGUUUUUGGGCAGCCCUUUGUAAUUGAAAGGAUCAUGGGAUUGCUGAAAGAUUACUUGGCCACCCACGUCCAUAACAAACCUUUGGUGAUCUCCUUCAAUGGCCCAAGUGGAGUUGGGAAGAGCCACAUCGGAAGGCUUCUAGCUAAGCACUUCCGGUCCGUCAUUGGAGCCCAUUUUGUGCUUCAUUAUUUCAAGAUGCAUCACUGCCCGAAUGAAGCAUCCAUUUCCACAUGCCAACUGGAGUUGUCAGAGACAAUUGGAGACAUGGUAGCCAAAGCUGAAAUUGAGGAGAUCAUCCCGUUGUUUAUUCUGGAUGAGGUAGAGUCCAUGCCUGCAGCUCUGCUGGAGACCCUUGGUGGGUUUUUCCAGACGAACCAAACCAACGAGUACCUCAAUGCCGUGUACAUCCUCAUCAGCAACCUGGGGGGGGAGGAGAUCACAAAUCACUUUCUCCAGAACAUCUCCAGUGACCCGUUCCACCCCCAGAGGAAAAUGGAAGAGCUACAAACCUCUCUUCGCCCCAUCCUGAGUCACGUCCACCCUCUUUGGACAUGGGCGGAGAUUAUUCCAUUUGGGUUGUUGGAGAAAACCCACAUCUUGAGCUGCUUCUAUGAGGAGAUGAUGAGUGAAGGGAUUUACCCAAAUCCAAGUCACAUUGAACACUUAGCUGGCCAACUCAGCUAUUAUGAAAAGGCAGGGCGGGAAUUUGGAAUAACUGGUUGUAAACAGGUAGUAGCCAAAGUCAAUCUCCUAUAAGGACAGAUAAAAAUCCAGGUCAUGCAAUCACUUGGCCUCACUAAUAGAAUUUUACCAGGAGUCCAAAGGUCCGUGUCUCCCAUAUUUUCCUCACUUUGGCCAUCUAUGUCUUCAGAGAUACGGAUAAGGGGCAGUACCAUAUUUGUGUGGAGUUCAGUUAUGGAUACGGUGAGAUGGGACUGGACCAAGAUUCCAUAGCUUACUUUCCAAAAAAGGGGGUGUGGCUGUAGAUGGAUAGGGCGGGUUUAAGUGGGUGUAAUUAAAUUAGAAUGGGUGGGACUUGAAGAGUGAGAUCAGUAGAUUGGUCCUUCCCUCUCUUUCCUCAUUCAUUGUUGUUUGUCCAAACAACCUUGCAGAUUUCCACAAUAAAUAGAACUU